CCAGUUGCGCAAGUUCGCGGGACUAGAUCGGAGCGAACUCACCAAAGAACAUACAUUCACAUAUUGAUUAAGCAUAUGUAACAUUAUAUUUUCGACAAAAUGUUUACUUUGUACCUUCUUUCUCCACUCUUUUGGGUUUGUGUGUAUUCUUCAAUCUUUGAUCAGCGACAAACGGGUGAUUUAAAUGUACAGGUUGACCUUAAGGAUGUACGAAUAUUUGCACUUAUGAAAGGAGACAAAGAAGAAUAUGUGGACUAUGAUUAUGCGUAUGAUUACUCAGAAUUAACAAUAAAACCUCAAAACCGAACAACGCCGAAACCGUUUAACGGUACGAGUCUAUCUACAGAACAAACGCUAGCGAUAAAUGAUUCAGCGAUUGGUUCAACUUUGCUAGAAGAAAAUACAACGGUGUCUGAGGAUUUUUUUACCGUCACAACAAGUCCCACAGAUUUUAAAACAACUAUUACUCAUUCCGAAAGUACAAGUUAUCCUAAUUCAGAGAUCGUAAUGAAUAAACCGUCUACUAACACAACAAUUAAAAAUUGCAAAAGAGGGUUUAUACUGAAUCAACGAGGCGACUGCCAAUUUAAACUUAACAGUACAGGAAAUGCGUUAAUGAAGUUGGUAAAAUUGUCUCAAAAAUUAAAAUUAAGAAGAGAAAAUAAAAGUAGUGACACUCCCUAAUUUUAAUUAUCAAAUAUAUUUGAUUGAAA